AUGAAUGCCACCUCAUCCAUGUACAUUGAGCAGAUGUAUUCCGCAUGGAAAGCAGACCCGAAGUCAGUUCAUGCAUCGUGGGACGCAUACUUCAGGAAUGUUGAAGGCGGUGCUGCUCCUGGUCAAGCCUACCAGGCCCCACCCACUGCGUAUGGCGCUGUCGGUGUUCCAGGAGUUUUGCCCCUGAUUCCAAGGGGUUCCAGUCGGCGGAGGAUUCACCAUCCUGUUCUCCCAGUCGCUCACUCUUCAUCAGUUCAAGGCGUGCAGAAUGAUGUUGAAGAAGGAAAUUACCCUUGCUCAUCUCUUGGCCCGAAAACCCUACAUUUCAUCCCGCUGUUGUUGAUCCCUUUAAAGCCUCAAAUGAUGCCAUCGCCUUCAAAGGUACCCGCUACAGGACUCGAUAGCUCAGUACAGGCGAUCUCAGAUCAUCUCAAGGUUCAACUUCUCAUCAGAAGUUACCAAACUCGUGGCCAUAAUAUAGCCGAUUUGGAUCCAUUAGGAAUCAAUAGUGCCUGA